UGAAUGUAAUUAGCUGUUACAGUUUAAACUCCAGCACACUAGAUUAUUGUGUUCUCCAUAAAGUAUUCAAUGGAUCUCAACCAACUUUUUGGGUUAUUCAUCAGGGUUCAUCCACAACUUUUUUUCUCAAACAUAUUUUUUUCUCAACAGGAGAAAUGUCUACCAACAUCUCUGUGGACCCGGUGGAUUUAAACACCUCUGACACCAACCAGAUGUGUGACGUCUUUGUCUACCAGAGAGCUGCCUUGAUCAUCUUCCCAAUCUUCUACUCUCUGGUGUUCCUCAUCAGUGUCUGUGGCAACUGCCUUGUCCUGUAUGUGACCUGUCAGAAGAAGCAGAAGUUCAACUCCACGUCUCUUUACCUGGUCAACCUGGCUGUGUCUGAUGCAUUGUUCACAUUGGCACUGCCAGGGAGAGUCACUUACUACAUCAGACAGUUUGACUGGCCCUUUGGGGAUUUGCUCUGCAGGCUGGCUACUAUGUUGUUCUUUUCAAACACAUACUCAGGAAUUGCCUUCAUGACAUGUAUCAGUCUAGACCGGUACCUGGCCAUGGUCCACCCCCACCGGCUACAGUACCUGCGGAGUGUCAAAGUGGUGCGAGUGGUCUGCUGCCUCGUCUGGCUACUGGUGUGUCUGGAAACCGCCCCCCUGCUCUUCCGUACCAUGCUCCAUGACCACAGAGGCCGACGAACCUGCAUGGAGUACUUCACCUUUGAGGGUACUCGCUCCACCCCUUAUCUUCUCUUCCUGGCCUGUACGGUUUCCUUCUGUCUCCCCCUACUGGUCAUCAUUGUGUGUUACACCCGGAUCAAUCUCAAACUGAGUCGCACGGCCAAACAGAACCCACUGACGGGCCGCUUGGGUCGUAGCCAAAGAGCCAACAAUAUCAUCCUCCUCAUCCUCCUCACCUUCGUCCUGUGCUUCAGCCCCUACCACCUCAACAUCAUGCAGUUCAUGCUGAGGAAGAUGCUGGGCCAGCCCAAGUGUGACGAGAUGCGGGCAUUCAAGGCUUCCCUACAGGUGACUGUCUCCAUGAUGAACCUUAACUGUUGUCUGGACCCUGUCAUCUACUUCUUUGCCAUUAAGACGUACAAGCAGAGGGUGAUGAGUCUGUUCAAGGGCUACCUUUCUACCCCUGCUCCUUUCUCCAAAACCGCCACCGACAACAGCAGCAGCAACACCUAAACAUCAACACCAGUAGGAAGAGAUUGUGGUUUUUGGCACUAAACAUACUCCAUCCUUAUAUGUUAAAGGUAUAGGACAGACACUUAAGAACAAACUUCCAUACAUGUAUAUGUAUAUAUAGAGUAUGUUUAGUGCCAAAAAUAUAGGGUUAAAUACAUGUAAAAAUGUUUCCAGAUUUUUCUUAUAUGUUAAAGGUAUAGGACAGACACUUAAGAACAAACUUCCAUACAUGUUUUCGACUGGUACCGGGGGACAUUCAGACAAGUCUUGUGAGGCCUGUGGAAAUACUACAAAAACAACCCAUAUGUAUGUGUUCGUGAGAGUCUCACCUUUACACAGAUGGGUCAAACUGUUCGAAAGCUACAGACGGAGGUUGGCAGAUUGGCUGUAUCAACUUCUGAUGCUUGUGGGGGUCGUAGAGCAAAACAGAGAACACCAUAGUGUUCAUGAGAGACCCAUCUUUCCAUAGAGGGAACGAUUAUAGUUUGUAGCCCAAAUCAUUCGGACGCUACAGACAAUUUUGUGAGAUGUGUCAUGGUCUGACAAACACCGCUCUAGCUCUGUCACCUUUCACUGCAGAUGCGGAAGUGUAACAGACGGAUGCGGUGGAUUGAGACGCAUCUAAAGCAAAAACAGAUCUCUAGCUUAAACUGACAGAAUUUUAUGGGGAGUUUAGCAUAAAUACAAUUAGAUUCCCACGUUAAGUGGUUUAAUAUGACUCAAAUGUGUAUAUAUAAUGCAGUUAUUUUUGUACAAAGAAAUGUUACAAUAUUUUGUUGAAACCUGAAUGAGUAAAUAUUUAAUGCAAAUGACGUAAGGUGACAAGUUCUUGAUUUACAACAUGUAUAUUUGUAAAUCUGUAAAUGUCUGGCUAGAGAUAUAGGCUGGAGUUGGGGACAUUUUCUGUAUCAUUUUACUGUACUGAAGAAUACAAUCUGCAGCUGAAUAAACAUAUUAGUCAUC